AUGGCUCACCUGGAGCCUGAAUGGGACCAGGAGAUAGAGAGAUCUCAUACCAAUGUCACCUCUACCGACCAAUAUUCAUCCGACAAUUUGCCUCUGCUCCAGGCAGUUCGUCUUUACCCCAAGAUUGUCGCGUGCGCAUUCGGCCUUGCAUUGGCAUUCCUCCUGACCGGCUAUGAUACCGUUAUCCUCGGCACCAUCACCGCAGUUCCAUACUUCAAGAAAGAAUUUGGUGAGCUAUACCACGGCUCAUACAUCAUCCCAGCAACGUGGCUGUCGGUAUGGAGCGCCAUUGGACCCGUGGGAUCAAUGGUCGGUGCAGUCAAUGCCGGCUGGCUCCAAGAUCGCAUCGGCCGUCGUUGGUCCCUAGGACUAAGCUGCGUAGUCUGCGCAGCUGGAAUUGCCAUCGCGUUCUGCUCCAACCUACCCAGCGAGAUGAACUCUCGUCGCGGUGCUUUCCUCGUCGGUAGGACAGUACAGGGCUGGGGAGUUGGGGGUGCCAUGGCUGGAGCUCAGACUUAUCUUUCUGAAACCGUUCCAGCCAGCCUACGAGGCUCGGCGAUGGCGCUUUCCCCGACUUUCAUGUUGCUCGGAGAACUGCUCGGUGCCGCUGUCAUCUAUGGCUGUGAGAAGAAAGUGUCGGAAGCGGCUUAUCUCAUUCCUUUUGGAACGCAGUGGAUUACCACUAUUUUGCCCUUUAUGCUGGUGUGCAUUCUACCCGAGAGUCCGUCGUAUUUGAUCCGGAAGGGCAAUUAUGAUGCUGCUCACCGUGCCUUGACGUGGUUACAUACUGAUAGAGUUGAUGUCUCGCGAAUUCUUGCCCAGAUGCGUUUGUCUAUCACCCACGAUACGCAAAUAUCACAGGAACUGGAUUAUGUUGAUUGCUUCAAGGGCAAAAACCGGCGCAGGACGAUGAUCGUGGCGUUUUCCUAUAUGAUCCCUAGUUUCUUCGGCGUACCUCUAUUGGCUAGUGCCAGUUACUUCAUGCAGGUCGUUGGCAUGGGAUCGAGCCUCAGCCUCAUUGUGCUCAUCUUGGGCAUCGUCCUGGGUCUUAUUGCGAAUGCAGUUGGCGUUUGGCUUAUGAGUCGUGUUGGAAGACGUCGCUUGAUGCUAAGCACUUUGUCUGUAACCACUCUCAUCUGGCUGAGCAUGGGCAUUGCAGGUUGCUGGUCGGGCAAUAUUGUCGUUUGGUACACUGCUGCUUGUAUGAUGGCAGUGGUGGUGGUUUGCGGACUGGGAGCAUGGCCUGCCUCGUAUGCAGUCUCAGGAGAAACAUCCUCUCUCCGCCUCCGAGCCAAAACUCAGGGUAUUGGGGUUUUAUGCUAUAUGUUGUCAAAUGUUGUUUUUAAUCUUGUUCUACCUUAUAUUUACAACACAGACGCCGGAGAUCUCAAGGGAAAGACUGGCUUUGUCUACGCUGGCUUGUGUCUGUUCACAUUUGUCGUGACCUGGUUGAUCGUCCCCGAGAUGAAAGACCGUACAACACUCGAGGUUGAUGCAAUGUUUGAAGCAGGCUUACCCUGCAGGGAAUUCAAGACGUGGGUGCCCGACGGACUCCCGCUUAAGGAUGGGGCUUUGUGA